UCGACGAAGUAUAUGUUCCUUAUUUCCUACGCAGACGCGAAAGGCAGGAAUUCGAAGGUAACUGACCUUGAGAUGGAUGACCAUUCUUCCAGUACUGAAAGUGGAAGUGAGGAGGACAUCAUGGAUAUCCAUAAUUUGUGCCGUUUAUGUGCAAUCCGUGAUACCUGUCUUAUUCCACUCUUUGGAUUUGAAGGAAAGCAGUAUGGUCUUGAAAUGAAGAUCAGAAAGUACCUAGGCUUACCAAUAAAGCUCUUUGAAGAUACUGACAUGCCACAUUCUGUGUGUUACAACUGUGCUGCCGUUUUGUUAUCCUGGCAUAGUUUAUACACAAAAUGCAUGGAAGCUCAAAAGAAGUUAAAGAGCCUUGCUGUUAUUGCAAUGGCAUACCGAAUGUCAACUAAAGAGAGUCAAUGUGAUGGUGUAUUUUCCAUGGAGGAGCAUAAUCUAAGCACCAGAUUGGAAUGUGAUCCACUCUGUGAUGAUGGAAGUAAUACUUCUGAUGAGCUGCUUCAUGGUUCUGAAGGUUCAGUGAAGCCAGAUGCCAGCAGAUUAGAAGGCCCUGAGAUUACAGCGAUGAUCUCUGGAACUUCACCACUGGUAGUGGACAAUUCACAUUUCUUGAAGUUAAAUGAAGAAGAAGGCACAUACUCCAGGAGGACAACAUACAUUCAUCCACGCGUAGACAGGCCAGUCAGUAAAUUUGCUCUCCCUCGAGCUGAAGAGGUUAAACAAGAACCUCCAGACUGCACAAGUGACUCUGAAAAUGAGAAUUCAUCUCCAUUGUCAGCAGAUAAUAUGUGGGACAGUAAAAAGGUGAAUGAAGGCUCUGAGUUUGUCUGUGGUCACUGCAAUGAAAAGUUUUCUGUUUGGAGAAAUCUAGAUGUUCAUUUUCAAAUGUGCCAUCGUUCAUCCCAGAUGAGCUCACGAAAGUGGUACAGUGAUGGUCUGCCAGAAGACUCAUAUGUGCAAGUAUUUCACUGUAUGGUGUGUGAUCGAUCUUUCCUCCAUACAGCACAGCACUUUAUGAAACAUAUGAAGUCUCAUGAAAGUGCUGCCACAGCACUUCUUGACCAUGAUUACUGCUGAAGAGUAAUGCAUAUCAAUGAAGACUGUUCAUUUUGUACAUUUUAGUGGCUGAAGUUAAAUGUUACACUCCCCAAGAGAGACAACGCAUCACUACCACAGGAGAAAUGAUUUACACCAUCCAUUGGUCAGACUUAGGGUGGAACAGAAAAGAGCGAGCUAUGCAGCAAUGAAGAUGUUUGUAAAGAAUUCAACAGAUUGUAAAAUUUUCAAACACAAAGUUAAAUCAUACCUGUCUGACAACUUUAUAGAUUAAUUUCUGAAUCUGUAGUAACAUAAUUGAGUGUUUAAGAGAGGAAUACAUUUAAUAGUUAAGUUUUAAUAACUAUAUACAUGCACUGUGUUGAAAUCACCUAAUGAUAACAUGUUUAUAAGUUGAAACUGGCAAUGAUAUCACUUGAAUGAUCUCAACCGAAAUAUGUAAUAA